GUUGAAGGCGGCAUUCAAAACCUUAAACCUCCAUAGCUGAAACGCAAGGAAAACGAUGAUAGUGAGGAAUCUCUCUCCCUCAAGGCUCAGAAAGCUUCUCACUCCAUUUUCCCUCUCUACCUAUACACACACGAGGCCUGUAUCCAGCUCCCUCCACUCACCAAUCAUCGACCCUUCGCUCACUUUCCCCCUUUCCCAAAACCCUGCUAAAACCCUACCGUUUUUCUUCUUCUUCUCGAAGCCCUUUUCUUCAGAAUCCAGAAAGAACAAAUCUUUUCCUAAUUUACCACUGACCCGCGAUGGAAAUUACGAGGAAGCCACUGAACAUGCCGUCGCCAUUUGCCCCGGCUGUGGCAUCCAAAUGCAGGAUCUUGAUCCCAAGCAACCCGGGUAUUCCGUCAAGCCCUCUGCGAAGGGUCAGAACUACAAGAAAUUCAAGCGAAUGACUCCGAUUGUGGACGAGUCGGAAAUCUCCGACUCCCUUAAGCGGGGAAUCGCGAAUGAGAUCAUGGAUGUUGAUAGAAUCGAGAGCAUUGACAGUGUAGACGACGUGUUCGACGAAAUGCCUAAGAGAGCUGAGAAGGAAGCUGCUAAUCAGAAGCCCGUUGUGUGUGCUAGGUGCCACAGCUUGAGGCAUUAUCAGAGGGUUAAGGAGCCCGGCGUGGAGAAUUUGCUGCCGGAUUUCGACUUUGAUCACACGGUUGGAAGGAGGCUGAUGUCGACGAGCGGGGCGAGGACCGUGGUUUUGCUGGUGGUGGAUGCUGCUGAUUUCGAUGGCUCGUUUCCGAGAAAAGUAGCAAGUUUAGUGUCCAAGACAAUCGAUGAGAAUGCAAGAUCGUGGAAGGAGGGAAAAUCGGGUAAUACACCGAGGAUAGUGUUGGUAGUGACCAAGAUUGAUCUCUUGCCUAGCAGCAUUUCCCCAACUAGGCUCGAGCAUUGGGUUCGUACACAGGCUAGGGAGGGCGGGGCGGGGAGGCUAGCGAGCGUGCAUUUGGUGAGUGCUGUGAGGGAUUGGGGGUUGAAGACGUUGGUUGAUGAUGUGGUUGCCUUUGCUGGCCCGAGGGGGCAUGUGUGGGCCGUGGGUGCUCAGAAUGCGGGGAAGAGCACGUUGAUUAAUGCGAUAGGGAAGUGUGUUGGCACGAAGGCGACUCAUGUCACGGAAGCAUCAGUGCCUGGUACUACCUUAGGGAUUGUGAGGAUGGAAGGGGUGCUUCCUGGGAAGGCUAAGUUGUUUGAUACUCCCGGGCUUCUGCACCCUCAUCAGAUCUCGACUAGGUUGAAUGCGGAGGAGCAGAAGCUUGCUCGUAUAGACAAGGAGUUGAGGCCGAGGACGUAUAGGAUCAAGGCGGGAUAUUCAGUUCAUAUUGGCGGGCUGUUCAGGUUGGACGUCGAAGAAUCUUCAGUAGAUUCAAUCUAUGUCACGGUAUGGGCUUCGUCUCUGAUUCCUCUGCAUAUGGGGAGGACGGAGAAUGCUUGCUCGAUGUUGGAUGAUCACUUUGGCCGCCAGCUGCAGCCUCCGAUUGGGGAGGGGAGGCCGGAGAAGCUCGGAAAAUGGGUGAAGAAGGAAAUCCGGGUGAGUGGCGAGAGCUGGGAUUCGAGCGGCGUUGAUAUCGCUGCUGCUGGUCUUGGUUGGUUUAGUGUCGGGCUCAAGGGAGAGGCUGCGUUGGCCGUGUGGACAUACGACGGUGUUGAAGUGACAGCGCGAAACGCUUUGCUUCCUCAGAGAGCCAAGAAUUUCGAGGUUGCCGGAUUCACAGUCUCGGAGAUCGUGUCCAAGGCUGAUCGGGCGAGGAGCAAGCAGAGCGCGAAGAAGAGGAAGAGCAGCAGCUCGAAAAACGCAGCUUCCCCCGUGUCGAAUGCUGAUCAAGAUUCGAGCUCGGAUUCCUCGGAGGAUGGAGAUUCGAAUCCAGGUGACUCAGUUGCAAUCUCCAACUCUUGAUGUUGAAUGCAAAUCAACCAGUUCAAGAAAAACACUUUGUAUCUCUCUCUCAAACACACACAUAAACACACACUGGGAAGAUAGGGAUUAGUAUUUUUUACGAUAUGAAUAUUAAAAUUUUUUGUUUAAUACUAAUGUAGGAGAUGGAGGCGUGUUUCUUGGUUGCAAGAACUUCUUUUUUUUGCUGGUUGUUUGAUUUUGUAAAAAUGUGUUUAUUUGCUUAUAAAAAUUUAUUGUUGACUUGUU